AUGGUCAGAAACGACGUCCGUCCCUACCGUAACUUACCUUCAUCGACAGACUUGGCGACCUCAUCUCUCUCGCCCUCUGGUUCCCGCCAGACCACCAUCACGUCUCCUGUGCAACCACGUGUAAAUGACGUCUUCGAAGACCCUCUUUCCGCAAACUGGCGACGUCGUGGGGGACUGCCCUCCCGCUUCGGCCUUCGCUCCGCUCCCGACUUCCAGAGCGCUAGCCAUGCCUCCGGGGUCACUGCCGACGUUGAUGUCGACCCAGGGCCGUUCUCCUUUCGGCCCUCUCAACUCUCUCAGCUGAUCGACGCCAAGGACAUCGACGGUCUCUGCGGCGUCGAAGCCCUCCUUCUCGGACUCGGCACCAAUAGCGUGCGCGGACUCAUCGAAAGCCCUGAUAACCCGCUAGCAGUCCCAGUCCAACCGGGACCUCAUCCACUCCCUAAAUUCAACAACGGUGCUCCCAUCCCGCCACCGGAGGCGCCACGGCGGCGUCUCUCGCGGAACGAGCCAGGGUCUACGGCGUAA